AUGGCGGAACGCAGCACUUCCCGCACCUUGCCUGUGAAUCGUCCCAAUGAUACUAAACCCGACCUUUCUCUCGUCACGACUUCGGAUGGCGCCGACGUCACAGUCAAGGUCAGACCUGGUAAUCAAGGAGGUGGUGACGACAACAACGUCGACGCGAAGGCUAGCGACACACGCAAAGUUGGCACCAAGCAACCCGAAGUCGUUACCGGCAAUGGCAAUGGGAACGUCAGCCCCAUGUCCAAAGAUAGCGUGUCUAUCAUCACUAGCGAAACAGGCUCUCCUACCCACAGAUUCUCGCGCAAAGACGACAAGCAAGCUCUGGAGUUCAUUAAGAUGGCACACUCUGCCAAGAAUACUUCAGAGCCAGUUGUCAAGGAUCGCAAAGACAUCAUCAAACUGACUGAGAUGGUCUCUGAGAUGGCUCACCUCCUCGCUGCCAGUGGUAUUGGUAAAGACACCACUGCUCGCGCCCUUGCCUAUCUCAACGGCCCGGAUGAGCUAUCCCCACGAGCCGCUAUCGCUGCUGCAAAGCGAGACCGUCAUAACAAGAAUCAGCGCCGUGCUAGUCACGGUAAUGUCAACCGACCUGUCAAGUCCGAUACCGUUACCGGCCCGAGAAGUCCCACUACUGGAAGUAAAGCCAGCUCGGGCCAGGAUCGCGUUUCUCUAGAGCCCAAAGCUGCAUCCAGUGUCGCUGUUACCAGUACAUCCAGCGAAAUCACUCCGGCAGAUGCCGUGAUUGUGAAGGAAACGGUCCUCCACGACUCAAAGAAGAAGCAAGACGCCGGAAAACCCACUGCCUCAACCACUGCUGGUGAGCCGGAAGACAAGGGUGGGAAGUCUGGCAAGCCCAAGAAGAAGUUCGGGCGUCACAAUUGGUCCUGGAGAAAAGGACGCCGCAACUUGAAGGGAAAGGAGAACAGACCUGCCCAAAGUGGCGAGACUGGCACCACGGAGCAAGCGCAGCCAGUCACUGACCGCAACCAGGACAAUAAGUCUAGUGAGAAGGAGCCGGCAGCCGCCAUUGAGGAGAAGACCGUGACCGCCCCGGCCGACUCUACGCCUACACUUGCUCCUGCGGCUUAA